CCCCCCCUCUCUCUCUUUCUCUCUCUCUCUGAGAUUGAAGAAAAUGGGGAUCAGAUUCAUUUUGAUGGUGAACAAGCAGGGACAGACCCGUCUUGCCCAAUACUACGAGUACCUCACAAUCGAAGAACGUCGCGCUCUCGAGGGAGAAAUCGUUCGCAAAUGCCUCGCUCGUUCUGAGCAACAGUGUUCUUUUGUUGAGCAUCGGAACUACAAAAUUGUAUACAGGCGCUAUGCAUCACUUUUUUUCCUGGUUGGAGUUGACAAUGAUGAAAAUGAACUUGCAAUCUUGGAAUUCAUACAUCUCUUGGUUGAAACCAUGGACCGUCAUUUUGGCAAUGUGUGUGAGCUAGACAUCAUGUUCCAUUUAGAGAAAGCACAUUUUAUGCUGGAGGAAAUGGUCAUGAACGGGUGUAUUGUUGAGACAAGCAAGCCUAACAUUCUGGCACCGAUACAGCUGAUGGAUAAAGCGUCAUGAAAAUUUGCUGUUUGCAUCUUACUUGGGUUGUUGCCUAUCGUACAUUAAGCUAAAAAAAAUCGUAAAAAUCCUUCAUUUUCUUCAUGAUAGUGUUUGGUUGUAUUUUCUGUUGUAUUGAUCACAUGAUCUGAGGUGUGGAAGUCUCCAGACAUAUAUAAAAGCUUGAGAUUCCAUUGUCA